GGGAGGAGGGAUCGUGCCCGACACUCCGCCGAAGAGACCGGCCACCGCCACCAGCAGGAGCGCCCCGCUCUUUCGCCCCCCGCCCGCCGUACCGACCGCCAGCCGGCCUAGCAGCAUCCGCCAAGGCGGGGUGAGGCAAUGGGUAGCCCUGAAGAUGAUUUGAUUGGCAUACCUUUUCCUGAACACAGCAGUGAAUUGCUGGCUCGUCUGAACGAGCAGCGCCGCCGAGGAAUGCUGUGUGACGUCACCCUCCGGGCCCAGGGCUCCGAGUAUCAGAGUCACCGGGCAGUGCUGGCUGCCUGCAGCCGCUACUUCCAGAGGCUUUUCGCCGGGCCCAGCAUGGCAGUGUGUGAGCUGGAUUUUGUGGGUGCAGAAGCUCUGGGGGCCCUGCUGGACUUCGCCUACACCGCCACCCUGACCAUCAGCACGGGCAGUCUCUGUGAGGUGUUGCGCGCCGCGCGCCUCCUGGAGAUCCCAUGCGUCAUUGCGGCAUGCCUGGAAAUCCUGCAAGGGCACGGCUUGGAAGCUCCCGUUCCGGACGACGCUGCUCGGGAACGAGCCCGACGCUACUUGGAAGCCUUUGGCACCCUGCCCAGCACGGAAGGCGAUCUGGCUGAGCCCCCAGCUUUCCCAGCUCCCCGUCGUAGCAAAAAAACUCGCAAGUUUCUCCAGGCCAGAGGUUCCAGGCUUAACAACCACAUCGCCGAGCUUUCCCCUUCACUGUCUCCCUCGUCCACGGGGACUCAGGAGCGCCCCAGCCCUCCCAGCCAGGCCUCACCUGCUCCAGCUUUGGGCCACCCCCGCGAGGAGGAGGAAGAGGUCAUGGCACCAUCUCGUACCUUCCCAUUCCCAUACGUCCCUGGUCUCUCCCCGGAAGACCUGGGUUCAGACGACGAACCUGUGGAUCACGACAUCCUAUCCUACAUGCGCCGACUAAACCAGGAUGGGCUGCCCGUGGGUCUCGAUCCUCCAGACAAGUUGGUACGCAAACGCCGCUCACAGAUGCCCCAGGAGUGUCCUGUUUGUCACAAGGUCAUCCAUGGGGCAGGCAAGCUACCUCGCCAUAUGCGAACGCACACCGGGGAGAAGCCAUUUGCCUGUGAGGUGUGCGGCGUCCGUUUUACCCGGAACGACAAGCUGAAGAUCCACAUGCGUAAACACACGGGGGAGCGCCCCUAUUCCUGCCCCCACUGCACAGCACGCUUCCUGCACAGCUAUGAUCUGAAAAACCACCUCCACCUGCACACGGGUGCCCGUCCCUAUGAGUGCUGCCUUUGCCACAAGGCCUUUGCCAAGGAUGACCACCUCCAGCGCCACCUGAAAGGUCAGAACUGUCUGGAAGUGCGGACCAGGCGCCGGCGGCGGGGUCCGGAUCAGGAGCCCGACUCCCUGGCACCCACCGGGAUACCCUUGUCCUCCGCUCACUUUGGCUUGGCCAAUGGGCGGAUGGAGGAGCUGCGCCACUACUGGGCACCUGGGGGGGCCACAAUGUCCCCUGCCCCCAAAGAGGAAGACGAGGAGGAAGAGGAAGAGGGAGCCAAAGAGGGGGCGCAGAAGGAUGGCCCUGCGGCAGCAGCCGAAACAGCAUAGGCUCCCUCAGACAGCUACCACGACAGGACUUGCUGAUGCACUAUUUCUUUUCAUCCUUUCUGCCAUGCCAUCGCUGGGGGGAUGACAGAAUGUGCCCUGGCCGCUGGCACGGAGGGCAGAUGCACUAGGACCCGCCUUGCCCACUCUCUGAUUCCGUGCCUUAAGCAGCUUGUAAAGCCACGGAGAGGGGGUCAAGUGG